GGGAGCUUGCUGCCAAAGUGCCACGUUGGGUGCCGCUGCUGCGCGAGGAGCCGGCUCCGGGCGCCGGCCGGGGUGCUCGCGCCGGGUUGCCGGCCAUCGGGGCCGUUGGGCCUCAGGACGCGAGUCAGAAAGCCGGUCCGCGGCAGCGGCGGUGCUCGGGCGGCUCUGGACCGGCGGCGUGGCGGCGCGUCCCGCCCGAGGGCGGCUCUGGCUGAGGACGGAGGAACCGGCGGGGAGCCCGGGGCAGCGGCCGAGGCGGGACGGCGGCAGCGGGCGCCGCUGCCCCCGGGAGAGCCGGCCGAGAUGCUGGCGGAAAGCGUGGUGGAGGAGUUCGAGGUGGAGGAAGAGCCGUGGUACGACAAUCGGGACCUCCAGCAAGAUCUCCAGCUGGCUGCUGAGCUUGGGAAGACAUUACUGGAUCGGAACACAGAGCUGGAGGAGUCUCUUCAGCAGAUGUAUACAACCAACCAGGAGCAGUUACAGGAAAUUGAGUACCUGAGCAAGCAGGUGGAGCUUCUGCGGCAGGUGAACGAACAGCAUGCGAAGGUCUAUGAGCAGUUAGAUGUCACAGCAAGGGAACUGGAAGAAACAAAUCAAAAGCUAGUUGCUGAGAGCAAGGCCUCACAGCACAAGAUUCUGAGUCUGACCGAGACCAUCGAAUGCCUGCAAGGCCACGUCGAUCAGCUCCAGAGCCAGGUGGACGAGCUGAAGUCGUCCCAGCGGAGGAGGAGCCAGGGCAAGUGUGACCAGAACAAGCCGGCGCCCAGCUUCUCGGGUCUGAAGGAGCUGUACGACCUGCGCCAGCACUUCGUGUACGACCACGUGUUUGCCGAGAAGAUCACAUCCUGGCCGAGCCAGCAGAGCCCCGACGAAGAAGAGCACGAGCACCUGAAGAGGGCGGUGGCCAUGCUGCAGGCGCAGCUGAGCCUGGAGCGGCAGAAGCGGGCGUCGCUGGAGGAGGAGUACGGGCUGGUGCUGGCGGAGAACGGCGAGCUGGAGCAGCAGCUGGGGGCCGCCGGCGCCUACCGGGCCCGCGCGCUCGAGCUGGAGGCCGAGGUGGCCGAGAUGCGGCGGGUGCUGCGCGCGGAGCGGCCGCCGGGGGGCGGGCUCGAGCGGCUGGUGCCCGACGCCCUGUUGGGCGCUUUCCGAGAGCCCAGCGCCAGCCUCCUGGAGGAGAUGCUCCUGACCGGCCCCGCCGCCGCGCCCGGGCCCCUCCGCCGCAGCAGCAGCGACACGGCGCUGGGCGGGGACGCGGUGCAGGGCCACGACGAGACCUGCGUCCGCAGGGUGCAGGCCGGGCGGCAGCGGGGCGUGUGCCCGCUGCACGAGGUGGACACGCAGUACAGCGCCCUGCGGGAGAAGUACGACGAGCUGCUCAGGAAGUGCCAGCCGCCCGCCGACGCGCGCUCCCACAAGGCGGUGCAGACGUCGCGGGCUGCGGCCAGCGCCCCCGGCCCCGCGCCCGUCCCGGUCCCCGCAGAGCCCCCCGGCUCCCCCGCCAGCGCGCCGCCGCCCUUGCCCGAGUACAAGGCGCUGUUUCAGGAGAUCUUCAGCUGCAUCGAGAAGUCCAAGCAGGAGAUAGACGCGCAGAGAACCAAGUACCGCUCCGCCCCGUCCCACUCCUAAGGCCGCCGUCCCCAGCGGCAUGUCCGCCCCCGCGCCCCCCACCGCUUUGCUUACUCACAGGCGUGGACAGCGGGGAGGGCCGGCGCUGCCGCUGUCCGGUCCGCAGUCCCGUUUCCAGGAAGCCCUCAGGCAGUCCUGUGACAAGCUGGCCUCUGGCUGGUGCGCCGACGAGCCCCAGAAGCGGCGGACGGCAGGCGUGGGUCCCGCACAC